UUACAAAUUCACGAUGUGUUAUACUCUUGUUUCCACGAUACGCAUAAGCGUACGUCGUCGAACUAUUCUAUUGUUACGAACGGAGAGGAGACAGAGUCGAAAGGCGAACAAAGUAGACUGGAAAACUGUACACGACGAGCUUUUCGACCUCAAGUUGAAGUACGUUUUCAUUCCAUUGAUUAUAACUUCGGCAUACAUGCGUAUACACCAGCUUACAUAUUCCAGCCCGCGUUUCAACCGACAUUGACAUUAUUCUUUCAAUUGUCCGCAAACAAAGCACGAGCCGGCUUAUCAAACACAUGCAUCUAAAUUUUCCGGAGAAAAAAAUUGAAACGAUCUCAGUAUGAUAAAAAGUAUCGCAUGGCGUCACCUCAGAUCUAGCACAUCACGCGCUCGCGUAUAAUAUGCGCGUGCACAACGCACAGGAAGAAAAGUCAGCAGCCGCGCGAAAAAGGCAUCCGAGAAUGAAAAUCCCGGCGCGGCAAUCGAGCGGCAAGUACACAUAGAUAAGAAAGCGCGCAUGUGUACAAUGUAUUUCACGCUUCCAGCGCGUAUACGGCUGUGUCUUUUACGAGCGCGCGCGCGAGCGAGUCAACAGAGACGUGACGAAAGCGAAAGAGUGAGACGCAAAGUUGGACUAAUUAAAGUGGAGCACCGUGUGUCAUUCACCUAUUUACCCGUAGCAGCGAAGCAAAUAUUCCAGCAAUUGAGACUAAACGUUGCAGCUCUCAUCGCCGCACAGCCUCCGUGUAUUCCCGCGAGGCUGCACGCAGUUUGAUUUCGCGCCUCCCAAAUGCCUGAUCGACUCGCUCGAUAGUUGCGCGUUUCUUUGUUUGUUCUGUGCGCAGUGGUGUUCUACUUUUUAUAUGUCCAUUUGUUUACCAGAGGGGGUUGGUUUUUGGAAUUGGUGAUUGUCCAAGUGAAUGUUGCUGCUGCGUUUCAAUUUUGAAGGAACGACAAGAGGUAGAGAACGAGCAACGAUUCAUUUUUCUACAAAACAGUUUUGAGUCAACGUUUGCAUGUGAAGUCGACGAGGAAUUAUCAUGAAGAAUCGAAAAUUUUGCCUUCUUCUGGUGAUCUCGUGGUUUCAUUGUGUUUUUGGCGAUGAUCCGCAAGUCGAAACUAAUUUUGGUCCAGUACGAGGAGUUUGGUUGAAGACAGCUCGAGGUGCUAAUAUUACCGGUUACCUGGGGAUUCCGUACGCUGAACCCCCGAUAAAAGAGCUCAGGUUUGAGAAUCCUGUACCAUGGACUGAAAAAUGGACGGAAGUAAGAAACGCCACAUCCGAUGGCUCAAAAUGCCUACAAUUGAGCGAUACAGGACUUGUCGGAGAUGAAGACUGCUUGUAUCUGAACGUUUUUACUCCUACAAUCAGUCCAAACGGCAACGAAACGCAGCAGAAAAAGCUCUCAGUUCUAUUAUUCAUACACGGCGGCGCUUUUAACACAGGAAGCAGCAACAGCAGCUUAUACGCACCCACAUAUUUACUGGAUCACGAGAUCAUCCUCGUUACUUUGAAUUAUCGGCUUAACAUAUUAGGUUUCUUCAGCACCGGUAACAGCGUCGCGCCCGGUAACUAUGGUCUCAAGGACGCGGCUAUGGCGCUCGUUUGGGUCCACGACAAUAUCGAGGCUUUCGGUGGAGAUCCGAACUCGGUGACUCUGAUGGGACAGAGUUCCGGAGCGGUGAUGGUCCACCUGUUGGCCUCGAGCGAGGCUACCAAGGGACAGUUCCAAAAGAUGAUAACGAUGAGCGGGGCGCCAACGGCGAAGUGGGCAGUCCACACGCGUGAGAACAUUAGAAACUCGUCCUUGCACGUGGCGUAUCUCCUGGAGUGCGCGCACGAAAGCGAUUUCGAUGAUAUGGGCAGCGGAGAUGGCGAAAACGGAACAGUCGUGGAAGACGAGGAUGUAACUGUGAGGCAAGAAAAGAUCGACCGGAAGAUAAUGCAGUGCAUGAAAUCAGCGAGUCCGGCUGAUAUCGUCAUGAUGAGUUACUUCCACAUGUGGCGGCGAAAUCCAAAAUGUAUCUACGGACCGACCCUGGAAGCAGAUGCCGAGGGUGCGAUCCUGACGGUAAAUCCGGAACGAAGUCUCACUGACGGCCUAUUUAGGGACAUGCCGUGGAUCAACGGCGUCGUGGAUGACGAGGGUCUGCUCAAGACGACCGAUCUCCUUCUGAACAGCGCCAUAAAAGAUGAAUUCUUGAGGGACUUUGAUACGCUGCUUCCAAGCGUUCUAGAGCUGCAAGAUUCGAUUGAGAAUAUCACUGAAUUUAGCGAUGCAAUUAAGGAUUUCUAUUUUGAUGGGGACAUUCUAAGGAAUAUAGAAUCAAAUAUUACUCAGAUGGUCGGAGAUGCACUGAUAACUUUUUCAAGUUACGAUUUCCUGCAAAGACGACUGCCGCAGAUGAAAUCCAAAGUUUACUUUUACGUGUUAGCUUACGAGGGAACGUUCAGCACUACCUUCAGAUGGGGCAUUCCGUUCCGAUUCGGUGCCGCACACGGUGACGAUUUGAAUUACAUUUUCCCCUACUUGAACGAGAAAUACGCCGACCUGCAACUCUUCAACACGAUGGGCGAUAGAACAAUGAUCAACAUCAUGUCCGAGAUGUGGAUCAACUUUGCCAAAACUGGGGUACCGAGCGCGCGACUGACCUCGAGCUGGGAGCCCUUCCAGGAGCAUAGACGAUUCAUGAGGUUCGGCGACGGACGUUCGAUCGAUCGAGCCAUGGAACAGGACUUCCUGACCGAACGCAUGGAUUUCUGGCGCGAUCUGAUGGGAAACUACUCGUUGCCGAUUCUCGAGUACCGAGCCGGUCAACCGGUUGAAGAGGAUGCCGUGGCUGCAGCUGCGGGAAUCGGGUUUACAAGGAUUACCCUGUGUUUGGCUCUGCUGAGUCGAUGGUUUUUGCGUUGAAUUGAGAUAGAUUUGUAAUGUAAUGGUAUUGUUGAUAUUUUUGUAAGAUUCGAGGUGCCUUAUCGAUAAGUGCCAAAAUAUAGAUGCGAUUAUUAUUUUCUAAUGUGCAAAUUUGCCAUGGGAGAGACUCUGAUAAAUUAAUCAGUACAAAUUUGUAUGCUCUGAAUCGGGCGCAAGCGUCACGAAUUGUAAUUGAACUUAUAAUUUUGCAUUUACUGCGGAUACCUGAACAAAUGAUUGAAUUAUAAUAUAGAAUAGAAAUGUGCUCGUUUAUUUACUGCAAAAAAGUUGCCGUAUGUAAGUAAAGAUGAUUUAUUAUAAUAUCGUUAAAGAUUUGUAUGUUAUCGUUAAUAAAUAACAUAAAA